AGUUUACAAUGGCAACGCAUCAGUUUAGUUUUGGGCAUUCUGGCGUAAACACGGAACACCGAACAACACGUGAAAAUAUAAUUUUUAUACGCAAAAAUUUAACAAUGUAAAUGUUUAUAGGGCAAUUCGGAAUGUAUGUACAUAAGUAUAUCGAAUUUUAGCAAUUAACGUCGUAAAACCCGUAAACAUCCUCAAAAAAUUGUUCAGAUAAAUUUAAAAAGUGCGCGUUUCAAAUGAAUUAUCAUAGCAACUAAUAAAACUGUUAAUGCAAACAAACGCAGACUUUAGUUAAACAAAAGGACGAACUGUGCACUAGUGAGAUUUGUAAAUAUGUAUGUAUAUGAACAUGUGAAACUUAAGUCCAAAAAGUGCAAUUCAUUGUCCGACAUGCUGCACACAAAUGCAUUCGUAUAAGUAUACAUUUGUAUGUAUGUCAUUUAUUAUACCCAUGAUUUCACAGUGUAAUUAAAUAAGUCAUGCUGUGCGAAAAUAUUACACCAAUGCAAGGUUGAAUUUACGCAGGCUAUAGUAAGCAACUGCGAGAGCAAAAAAAAUAUAUGUAUAAAAACAGCAACAAUAAAGACACGAGACGGCACAUCAACGAAGGGCGCCAACACUCAGGAUAAGGAAAAGCAGAGAAAAUAAAUCAAUAAUUUAUAUGCAAAACUACACUAAAUUUAGUUCAGCAAAACGGUACACAUAUACACACUUACAAAUAUGUUCGCUUAUAAUCCACGAAUAUGAAUAAAACAUUUAAAUAAAAUUAUAAUGACCAAUUGAGUAUCGGAAAUUUAUUAAACAACAACACGUGCAUGUGCUCUUACAGUUGUGAUAGACACAAACUGAAUUCUUACAUGUGAAUAAAUUCCAUAAUUAUUACGACUAAUUGAUGAAAUAAUCGCACUCAAUAUAAAGUAUUGCGGCUCAAACAUAAAAAUCGGAUAGCGAACGCGCAAUCAAACUUAGUUAGCAUCGUCAAGAAUACCGCCCACCGGAACCAGGAAUCAAAAAACAACACACAAAUACAAUACAAACAAGUAUAUGCAAAGCACAUUACGGUAAGGAGUGCAAGCGCUGGCAGUUCUAAGACUGCAACUUACUUACAGUACAAAGAAAGCCAACGAAAUUGCCAAUGCGAACUCAUUAAUACUAAGCGCUCGUUUCGAAAUCAUUGCUACCAUCUUAACCGGUCAUUUAUCGCUCAAAUAAACGUCUACGAUUGGCUGCCACGCUCAUUGCCCAUUCUAUUUACGGACAAUACGAGUUCCUUGUGUUCUGUUUGUAAUUAAACGUCAGUACUUCAAAGAUCACUGACAGCAAUCGCCACGUGAUCAUCAUCUCAUCCAUUAGCAAAUAUGGAUUUUGAUCAGAUUCUUGCGAGAUGCGGCGAUUUUAGUCGAUAUCAGUUUCUGUUGUUGACAUUGUUCGGUGUAAUCAACUUCAUUGUCUCACUACAUUAUUUUACCCAAACUGUGAUAAGUUUUGUGCCCGAUCAUUGGUGCUACCAUGAGAAAUUAGUGAAUAAGUCAUUCGAUGAGAUUGCGGAGAUCUAUGCGAAGUUUCCGAAUCCAUCUUGUACGCGCCUGCUCGACAUCGAUGGUGCGAAUGUAACGGUGAGUCCAGAGAGUUGUACGCGUUGGAUCUAUAAAUACGAUUAUGGCUAUCGGAGCAUGAACACAGAGCUAAACUGGGUCUGUGAUUCGGCGUACAAAGCGCGCAUCGGGCAGUCGUUAUUCUUUAUAGGUUCCGUUGUUGGAACCCUCUUUUACGGUCUGCUUUCAGACAAGAUUGGUCGCUUGCCUGCUCUAAUACUUUCAAAUUUUUCGGGUUUUAUUGGGGAUUUUUCGACAAUAUUCUCUCAAAGCGUUACUACAUUUUCACUUUGCCGUUUCAUAUCCGGCAUGGCGGCAGAUACGAAUUUUUACCUUAUGUAUAUUAUUGUUCUUGAAUACAUCCGUCCAUCGAUGCGAACACUUGGUCUGAAUUUAGCUGUCGGUGUCUUUUAUACAAUUGGCCUUGUCUUCACACCAUGGUUGGCCGUACUCGUUGGGCAUUGGCAACUUUAUUUGGCCUGUACUUCACUGCCUAUACUCUCCGUGGUUCUCUACUAUUUCGUAGUGCAGGAGAGCGCUCAAUGGUUGGUCACCAGAAAUGAUGUAGACGGUGCUAUAAAGCGUUUGAAACGUGUUGCACGAUUUAACAAACGAAAAGUGACUCCGUCGGAAUUUGAAGAAUUUCGCAAACAUUGCGAGAAGCAGCGUCAAAAGAUGGGCGGCGAUGAGCAGGUGCACUCAACAUUGCUGGAUAUGUUUAGAACGCCACGCAUGCGCAAACACACACUUAUAUUGUUUUUCAAAUCGAUGGUCAUUACACUCUGUUACGAUGCGGUCUCGCGUAAUGUCGAGGGUAUGGGCAUUUCGCCAUUCGUUAUGUUCUCCUUGAGCGCCAUUGCCGUGCUGCCAUCGAGCAUAAUCGUGAUCUUGCUACAGGAUCGCAUUGGACGCAAGGGCAUGGCGGCCGGCUCGCUACUUGUCGGCGGUUUAUUUACCUCUUUAGCAGGCGUAGCGAUCGCCUAUCAACAGCACAACCACAAUGCCGUGCUACUGGCAUGCUUAACCAUAGCGGCGCGUUUCGGUGUGGCGAUUUCAUACGAAUCCGGAUCACAAUAUGCCACCGAAUUGAUACCAACAUGCGUGCGCGGCCAAGGCGUGGCUGCGGUACACGUAGCUGGCUUUGCAGCAUCGUUUUUGGCGCCCUACAUCUUGUGGUUGGGCACAUUCUUCAAGGCAGCGCCAUCGAUCAUUUUGGGUGCGCUCUUCUUUACGGGUUCCUUUGUAUGCCUACUACUUCCCGAGACGCUUAACAGAACACUUCCAAAAACUGUCGAAGAAGGUGAAGUUUUCGGCAAAGGCGAACGUAUGUUCGAUUUCCCCUGCCUUUCGAAGAAAGGCAAACGUUCUUGUGACUCUGAAGAGGAAGCCUACGAGCGUAAGCAGUCGUUAACUGAUUUCGAUCGGGGCAAUGAAUCAGCCGAUGAGAACCUCAACAGUGCGGCAUAAAUGUGUGCGAACGCGUUAGCCGCCUUAGGUGCUAA